AUGUCGCAGGAUCAGAAUCCCUUUUCUGUGCGCCGACCGCGCGAGGUCAGUCGAGUCGCGAGCAAGUGCUUGCACACCCCAUCUGACACCUAUACANNGACACUCGGCCCAAUCAACCACAAUGUUUCCGCCAUUCCCAUGCCUGCCUCGGCCAUGAAGCGCCAAAGUUCUUUCGGUCUCGGUCAGAUGCAAUCCGCCUCGCAUGCCCGCUCGACGUCUGGUUCCCGCAUGUCUCUGGCUCCGGGGUUUCCUAGGCAGCCCGACUUCCAGCGCGCUUCUUCUGGCACCAACCUCGCUGACCUCGGCCUCUCCACCGUCAAGCGCCCCUCGACUCAGAACAUGUUCAAUAGCACAGGAGGUAGAAAGUCCUAUGCGCCUGUUAGCAGCACCCCUGCUCCUGCUCUGCAGCUGCAGGAUAGUUCUCAGCGCCGCAGCAGCGUAUACACUGCCCGCCCCUCGGCUGCCUUUGGAGGUCCUAUGGGCCAUCAAUCUUUCUUCGCUACCGCUCCUCCAUCCAACCAGCCUCCCCAAGACCCUCGCAGGUUACGCGACCCCGCCACUCGUGGCCAAAUGGCCACCGAACUUAUGGAGUUCCUCGCCCAACGCAACUUCGAGAUGGAGAUGAAGCAUACGUUCGGCCCAAAGCCCAUGACCUCGCCAACACAGAAGGACUUCAACAUGAUGUUCCAGUUCCUCUACCAUUGCAUCGAUCCCGCAUAUCGCUUUCAGAAGAACAUCGACCAGGAAGUUCCUCCGCUCCUCAAACAACUCCGCUACCCAUACGCGAACAACAUCACAAAGUCACAACUCGCCGCUGUUGGAGGCAACAACUGGUUUACUUUCCUCGGUAUGCUGCACUGGAUGAUGCAACUCGCAAAAAUGAUGGAGCACUUUAGCGUUGGCACCUACGACGAAGCUUGCAUUGAGUCUGGACACGACGUCUCGGCUGACCGCAUUACCUUCGAGUUUUUGAGCGACGCUUACCGCACCUGGUUGUCUGUGGAUGAUGAAGAUGAGGAGGACGACGAAGAAGCCAUCAACAGGCUCAUACAACCACACGUCGAGGCCAUGGCUGCCAAGUUCGAGGCUUCCAACCAACAGAAUCUCGAACAGGUCAAGGCUCUCGAGGCAGAGAGCAAGCAACUACAGGACCAAAUUGAUGAGCUCGGCAAGACUGCUCCUCGCCUGGCCAAACUUGACGAGCAAAACAAGAUCCUCGAGGAAGACAGGAUCAAAUUCGAAAACUACAACAACAGCAUUGACAAGAAGGUCGAGAAGUAUGAAGAUCGCUUGCGCAUGCUGGAGAGUGAAAUGCAACGUCUCGAUCAGGAACUCGCGGACGCAGAGCAAGAUCGCAACAGCUUGCAAGAAAUGGUCGACCAACAAGGCAUCACUGUGCAGGAUAUCGACCGCAUGACAGCCGAACGGAAACGACUUCAGACCGGUGUUGAGAGUACAAACUUGCGACUGGAAGAGACUCGGGAUGCGGUAGCCAAGAAAGAAGCAGAAGCAGCUCAGAAGCUUGAGGAGCUUGAAUCUGUGGUUUCCAGAUACAAUCGUAUGGCUUAUGAGAUUGGUGUCAUUCCUCCGGACGCACCAAAUGCUCACGGUCAAGAAUACGAGUUGAUUCUCACUACCAAUGAAGGACCUGCAUUUGGUUCGUCUCAAAUGGGUGAGCAGCCACAGGAUUCUGAUCAUCUACUCGCCGAGACAGGCACUGGAUACCAACCGCAUCAUCUCCUCAAUCUGGACGUCCGAGGCAGUCUCAAAACCAACAUGAUCAACCUACGAAAGGAGAUUUUCGAACGCAGAAACAAUGCUCUUGAGGUUGACAUGAACAACCAAGAUUUGCUCGACAAAAUCAAGGAGGCCAUUGGAGACAAGAAGGCCGAGACCGAGACGCUGGAGCAUCGUGUACGAGCUGCGGAGGAUGAGUUCGAGAAGACGAAAGAGGUCAGUGUUAACACAGUAGUGGAAAUACGAGCACUGUCGCUAACUUCAAGCAGNAUCACAAACUCGCAGAAAAUGGCAUCGGAUGCUCAAAUUGAGAAGAUGGAAAAGGAGCUUGCCAGAAUGCGUGCUGGACUCACAGAAUCAGUCCAGCUAAUGGAGCAACGCGAGAUGAACACCAAUCUCGAAUACGAGCAGUUGACAGUUGCAUCUUCAGCACUCCGCGAAGAGCUCCACACCGAGCUUGAACGCAUGUUAAACGACAUUAUUAAGUUCAAGGUUCACAUCCAGAGCAGUCUCGAGGGCUACGAAGAGUUUGUGGCUCAGGAGGUUGAACGUGAAUGCGAAGAGCAGGAAAGGGAGGAGAUGGGUGCCGAUGACGAGAAGUACGGCGAGGAUCUCGAAACAAAGGUGGAAGAGAUGGAUCUCGACGACUAA